AUUUUUAAUGUCAUUCUAGAUACCUCUCAGCAUAAUGAAAAUUUACAGUCAAAUGUGUAUCCAGAAUGGUGGGUACAAAUUGACUUUAUCUUUCAAAUAUUGACCGACUUUCAGUCCAAGGGAAAAUCUGCCAUGGCUAUACCUUGCAAUAUAAGAACAUUGGAUUGGAAGACUGGAUCUGUUAGUUUGCCAGAAUGGAUACCAGAAAAUGUGUCCUCUGUAUGUGGCUUCUGGUAGUUUGUGUGUCUGCAACUGAAAAAUUGAAUAGAGGAGAAUUUCCUCAUGGGUUUAUGUUUGGUACAGGCUCUGCUGCAUAUCAGUAUGAAGGAGCGGCCAGAGAGGGAGGAAGAAGCCCAAGCAUCUGGGAUACUUAUUCACAUACCGCAGGGAAUAUAGUGGAUGGGAGCAAUGGAGAUGUUGCUGUAGACCAGUACCACCGCUAUAAGGAGGAUGUUAAACUUAUGAAGAUGAUGGGCAUGGAUGCAUAUAGGUUUUCUAUUUCCUGGUCACGGAUAUUGCCAUAUGGCUCACUAAAAGGCGGGAUCAACAAAGCUGGUGUAGCAUAUUACAACAACCUUAUUAACGAACUCUUGUUGCAUGGUAUUAAGCCUUUCGUGACACUGCUCCAUUUCGACACACCACAAGCAUUGGCGGAUAAAUAUGGAGGAUUUCUCAGUCAAAAUAUUGUGAGCGAUUUUGCAGAUUACAGUGAAGUGUGCUUCCAGGAGUUUGGGGAUCGAGUGAAAUUUUGGGUAACUUUAAACGAACCUCAUGCCAUUGCUGCUUUUGGAUAUGACAGUGGAACAGCUGCACCAGGCCGCCAUACCAGUAGCAAUGGAAAUUUAAGCACAGGGAACUCUGCAACAGAGCCAUAUAUUGUGGCCCAUAAUCUUCUUCUUGCUCAUGUUGCUGCUGUCAGUUUAUACAAGAACAAAUAUCAGGCGGUGCAGAAGGGAUUGAUUGGCAUCACCUUAGACAGCAUGAAGGCACUGCCUUAUUCAAAUACAUCCUCGGAUCAGAUGGCUGCCCAAAGGGUCAUAGAUUUUAUGUUUGGUUGGUUUAUGGAUCCAAUUACAAAAGGAGAUUACCCGUCAAGUAUGAGAAAUCUUGUUGGUCCGCGUUUGCCCAAGUUUAGUAAAGCUCAAUCGCUUAUGGUGAAAGGUUCAUUUGACUUUGUGGGCUUAAACUAUUACACAACCAUGUACGCUGCUCAUGUUUCAACUUCAUCGAUUAAACUUAAUACAAGCUAUUCACUGGAUUCCCAAGCUAAUCUUACUGCGCGGAGGAAUGGUAUACUCAUUGGACCCUUGGCUGGAUCUCCAUGGCUUCACGUGUAUCCACAAGGAAUAAGAGACAUUUUGGACUACGUCAAAGAUCGAUAUGAUAAUCCGCCCAUUUUCAUAACAGAAAAUGGUAUUGACGAAGUCAACAACGAGACUUUAUCAUUAAAGGAAGCUCUGAACGAUACAUGGCGAGUAGAUUACCAUUCACAGCAUUUGUGGUACCUUCACGAGGCAAUAAGGGAAGGAUCGAAUGUUAGAGGAUAUUUUGCUUGGUCUUUGUUGGAUAACUUUGAGUGGACCAGUGGUUAUACAGUACGUUUUGGCCUCCAUUACGUGGACUACAGAAAUAACCUCAAGAGAUAUCCCAAAGCGUCGGCACGCUGGUUCCACAGAUUCUUGAAAUGAAGAAAUACACUGUUACAUCGUACAAUAAGAUUUGUGGCAUCAAUAACGCCAAGAUUUGUCCUUUCUAAUUACAUAAGUCAUUUCUAUCAAAUUCUUACUUUCUUAUUUUCUCCUACCAUUCUCUAGUUCGGUUUUAGUCAAUCAUAGAAUUUUUUUUCAAUUCACUAAAUUUGACCGUUAGAUAAUAGAGGUUAUGUUUGGUAAGUAGUAGGUUAUUUUCACAUUAUGUCAAAUUAUUGAUCUAUAUGAAGAUUUAAUUAUAUAUCUUUUUGGAUCAAUUUUUGUUGAUUCAUAUUUUAUGAAUAGUAAGUAGUUCAUAUAAUUCAUUUUU